AUGGCGGAAAUUAAAACGGGCAUUUUUGCCAAAAAUGUCCAGAAAAGGAUCAGUCGAGCUCAGGAAAAGGUGCUGCAGAAAUUGGGGAAGGCAGACGAGACAAAAGAUGAACAGUUUGAGCAAGCUGUUAUUAACUUCAAGAGACAGGAGUUUGAGGGUGGCCGGUUGCAGAGGGAGAUGAAGGCUUAUAUUGCCGCUGUAAAAGCCAUGCAGCAGGCCUCUAUGAAUCUGACAGAGUCGCUCCAUGAGGUGUAUGAGCCAGAUUGGCAUGGGAAGGAUGACGUCAUGACCAUCGGGAAGAACUGUGAUGAAUUGUGGGAGGAUUUUCAUCAGAGGCUUGUGGACUCCACCAUCCAAGCACUGGAGAACUACCUUAUACAAUUCCCAGACCUCAAGGUGCGUGUAUCAAAGAGAGCCAGAAAACUGAUUGACUACGACAGCGCAAGGCACCAUCUGGAGACCUUGCAGACAGUGAAAGGAAGUGAGAGGAAGAUCAUGAAGGCGGAGGAUGACUUGAAGAAGGCGCAGAAGGUGUUUGACGAUCUCAAUGUCGGCCUGCAAGAUGAGCUGCCCGGUCUCUGGGACAGCCGAGUUGGAUUCUAUGUGGACACAUUCAAGAGCGUCACCAGCUUGGAGGCCAAAUUCCAUAGAGACAUAUCAAUGCUCUGUCACAAGCUAUAUGAGGUGAUGAACAGACUGGCUGAACAGCAUGCUGACAAAAUGUUCACAAUCCAAGGAGCACCCAGGUAAAUGCUUGACUCGGGUCCACUGAGGCUGGCUCGAACUCCAACCCCUCCGGACGAUUCUCCUCCGGAGAGUCCUGAUGCGGCCCCGAACCACAUGCUGAGGCCCACCUCUCCUGGCCCGCCCAGGCCCAAAUCUCCCUCACAGGCAAAGGGACCUCCUGUGCGACCUCCACCAAUGUCCACUCCCAGCAAGGACAUGCAGCCGGAGCAGAUCAUAGACCUGUUUGACAGCGCCUUCCCAGUGUCCACACCCUCCACACAGCCAAAUGAAAGACCUGGCGAAUCUCUGCUAGACUUGGACUUCGAUCCGUUCCCCAGCACUGCCCAGCCCAUCGGACAGUCCGCGUCCCCUAUGACUCAGAAUUUAUCCUGGGAUCUAUGGUCGGGAAACGCAGCAGCUGCAGAACCCGCUGCUGACGUGGGCUUCACCGUCGACUGGAGUGCCAACUUCGCCGCCGCCUCAACCACAGAGACCGCAGAGGCACCCGCCGCCGCCGCCGCCGCCGCCCCCGCCGCUGCAGCCCCUGCGGCCGACGGAUGGCCCCCGGCUAGCGGCUGGGCCGCAGAGGCAGCGCAGCCUCCGGUGGAGCCGGCCGGAGACGAGGUUAGAGGCCAGGGCCCGAGCGAGCAAACCCCCGAGUCCAACCCCUGUGAUGUGGUGCAGAGCCAAGCUGAGCUGGCGCAGCAGCAGCAGCAGCAGCAGGAGCAGGCUCUGGGACAGGGGCAAGAGGGAAUGGGAGCGGGCUGGGCCCCAGAGCAGGCUGGGUGGGGGUGGGGGGAUCAGCAGCAGCAGGCAGCAACUGAGGAGGGAGUGUUAGGGGAGGCAGAGGGGGAGGGCGCUGUGCCAGGCAUUGUUUUCACCAACGAGUAUGGUCAGGAGGUCCAGGAGGGCGGGGAGCAGGGCAGGAGCAGCCAGAUGGAGGGGUCCGAUGGGUACGAGACGGCGGAGGAGUGGGGAGAUGCUCCUGGAGGCUAUGUGAGCGCUGACGAUGAGCUGGCAGCUAGCACGGAGCAGGGGGCCGUCGCCGAGCCCCCCGCAGAGCAGGUGCCUGCCGACGCUGCCAUCAGCAGCAGCAGCGGUCAGGAGGGCUUCGCCGAUUGGGGUGCAGGCGACGCGGCUACCGGCUUUCCAGAGCAGGUCCCGGCAGCUGAUGCAGGUGCCAGUGGAGAGGGUUUCGCGGUGCAGUGGGACCAACCAGCCACCACCGAGCUGGUGUCUCAGGAACCCAGUAGCAUGUCGCCGCCUGACACCCCCAAGGCUGUGCCGGACUCUGAGUCUGCAGCAGCUUCUGAUCCAUUCGGAACUGAUGCUGACCCCUUUGGCACAGAUAACGACCCUUUUGGCACAGGAAAGGACCCAUUUGCCUCCGCGGAGGACCCUUUCGGUACCUCUGAAACGGAUCCGUUUGGAUCCUCUGACAAAGACCCUUUUGCCGGCUCGGAGCAGGAUCUGUUCGCCAACCAAGCAGACGACACCCAGGUGCCAGCCGACGGGCAGGCCAUGGGGUUCCCCUCCGACCCGUUCGCCGAGAGCACCGAGCAGGGCAGCGCAGCUGACGGCGGCUGGGCCACAGACCCCUUCGCCGACACCAAUGCCCAAGGAUGGGCUGCAGGCGCGGAAUCAGCAAGCGGCGAGGAGGCUAAGGACUCAGCGCAGUGGGCUGCCUUCGCCAACCCUUCCGCCACCGCAGAGGCCGACUCGUCGAGCAAGGGCUCCUGGCAGGAGGUGAGUGACAGCAGCGGCUUCUUCUCCAACGACGGACAGGGCGACUUCACGGCAGGCUGGGCAGGCGACGCCAGCAGCAGUGGCACUAGCGGUGGGGGUGGGGGUGGGGGUGGAGGCGCGAGCCAACCACAGGAUUUUUUCGCCGCCUUCCCCAGCCCCACUGAGCCACUGGGGGCCAAAGCCCCCGAAGCAGACGGAGUCCCUUCACCCAGAGAGCCAGAGAACUCAGAUCUCUCUGAAGACGAGGUUGCAAACCGGAGAUACGGAAAGUUGUACCAAGAAAUAGAUACAGAGAAAGACGAGGUGUCCAACAGUGCAUUUAAUGGAUUUCCUCAGACGGACGCCUCUGUCCCUGCCUUUGCUGCAGACUUUGAGAAAAUGGACGCAGCGGAGGCUGUGGAGGCCCCUGUUGCCACGGAGACGCCUGCUGCAGAGGUGGCAGCCGAGGGGGUUGAGGGACAGGUCACGACCCCGCCUGCCUCUGCUGAGGCUGCUGAGGCCCCCGAAACCACAGCAACCAGCCCACCGGGAGAGAAAGCACCUACGCCAGCAGAGUCUCCAGUGUCUGCUGGCAAUGUGGACGCUUUCCAGACUGAGGAGUCGGCUGCAGUGCCAGAGGCAGGGAAGGAGUCCCCCACUGCGGAGGCUCCGGCCUCUGCUGAGGACAAGGGGUCUCCUAUUGACGAGGCUCCGGCUGAGGCGGCCCAGCCUGAUGGCGAGGGUGGGGGCAGCGACGGAGCGGAGCAGAAGGCCCCGGUGGAGGAGGCGGCCAGUGCUGCCCAGCCCGCGCCCGCGCCAGCUCCAGCACAGGGGGCGGCAGACAGUGUGUCUGAGGAGGAGAAGAUGCCUAUUCCCUCUGUGGUCAUUGAGCCGGCAUCCAGCAACGAGGGAGAUGAUGACCGCGACGUGGAUAUCUUGUCUCCCACCACCACCAGCGACAAUGGGGUGGCUCCCACAUCCUCUGGGGCGGCAGGCAUGCCAGCUGGCUUCCUCUAUAAGGUGGAGGCGUUGCAUGACUUUGAUGCAGAAAACACAGACGAGCUCAACCUGAAGCAGGGAGACAUGGUCUUAGUGAUUCCAACAGUCCAGGCGGAGGAUCAGGAUGCUGGCUGGCUCACGGGCAUGCGAGAGGUUGACUGGCUUCAGCAGGGUGCCUCAGCUAAAACAGGACUGUUCCCUGAUAACUUUUGCCAGCGUGUGGAUUAGUGGUCC